GAGAACGCUGGAAAGGUCGGCCAAGCAGGGCAGAAAACAAGCAGUGGUGGAGUCGGCAGUGGGGCAGAGGAGGGGGAGCUGGAAGAGAAGAACCGCAAAGGAGAAGCCCGCAUAGUGGGCACAGCGCACCCAAGAGUCUGCAGAAACAGAAAGGUUCCCGGCCUCAGACCCCUAGUCCCUGCCUGCCUCCUGCCUGAGCUUCUGGGAGACUGAAGGCACCGCUUGCAGCUUAAGGAUGUGGGCUCCGGGUGCGGGCACGGCCUCGGUGGUCUCGCUGGCGCUGUUGUGGCUGCUGGGGUUGCCUUGGACCUGGAGCGCGGCAGCGGCUCUCGGCGUGUACGUCGGCAGCGGCGGCUGGCGCUUCCUGCGCAUCGUCUGCAAGACGGCUAGGCGAGACCUCUUCGGUCUCUCUGUGCUGAUCCGCGUGCGCCUGGAGCUGCGGCGGCACCAGCGCGCCGGCCACACCAUCCCGCGCAUCUUUCAGGCGGUGGUGAAGCGGCAGCCCGAGCGCCUGGCGCUGGUGGACGCCGGGACCGGCGAGUGCUGGACCUUCGCGCAGCUGGAUGCCUACUCCAAUGCGGUGGCCAACCUCUUCCUCCAGCUGGGCUUCGUGCCGGGUGACGUGGUGGCCAUCUUCCUGGAGGGCCGGCCCGAGUUCGUGGGGCUGUGGCUGGGCCUCGCCAAGGCGGGCGUGGAGGCCGCACUGCUCAACGUGAACCUGCGGCGCGAACCCCUGGCCUUCUGUCUGGGCACCUCGGGCGCCAAGGCCCUCAUCUUUGGCAUUGAAAUGGCAGUGGCGGUGGCCGAAGUGAACAGGUAUCUGGGGAAAAGUUUGAUCAAGUUCUGCACCGGAGCCUUGGCGCCCAAGGGCGUCAUGCCAGACACCCACCUCCUGGACCUGCUGCUGAAGGAGGCCUCCACUGCCCCUUUGGUACAGAUCCCCAGCAAGGGCAUGGACGAUCGUCUUUUCUACAUCUACACGUCGGGGACCACGGGGCUGCCCAAGGCUGCCAUCGUCGUGCACAGCAGGUACUACCGCAUCGCAGCCUUCGGCCACCACGCCUACUGCAUGCAGGCGGCUGACGUGCUGUAUGACUGCCUGCCCCUGUACCACUCAGCAGGAAACAUCAUAGGUGUGGGACAGUGUCUCAUCUAUGGGCUGACAGUCGUCCUCCGCAAGAAAUUCUCGGCCAGCAGCUUCUGGGACGACUGCGUCAAGUACAACUGCACGGUGGUUCAGUACAUUGGGGAGAUCUGCCGCUACCUGUUGAAGCAGCCGGUGCGCGAGGCGGAGAGGCGACACCGCGUGCGCCUGGCGGUGGGGAACGGGCUGCGUCCCGCCAUCUGGGAGGAGUUCACGCAGCGCUUCGGCGUGCGCCAGAUCGGGGAGUUCUACGGCGCCACGGAGUGCAACUGCAGCAUUGCCAACAUGGAUGGCAAGGUUGGCUCCUGUGGUUUCAACAGCCGCAUCCUGCCCCACGUGUACCCCAUCCAGUUGGUGAAGGUCAAUGAGGACACGAUGGAGCUGCUGCGGGAUGCCCAGGGCCUCUGCAUCCCCUGCCAGGCCGGGGAGCCUGGCCUCCUUGUGGGUCAGAUCAACCAGCAGGACCCGCUGCGCCGCUUCGAUGGCUAUGUCAGCAAGAGCGCUACCAGCAAGAAGAUCGCCCACAGCGUCUUCAGCAAGGGCGACAGCGUCUAUCUCUCAGGUGACGUGCUGGUGAUGGACGAGCUGGGCUACAUGUACUUCCGGGACCGUAGCGGGGAUACCUUCCGCUGGCGAGGGGAGAACGUCUCCACCACCGAGGUGGAGGGUGUCCUGAGCCGCUUGCUGGGCCAGACAGACGUGGCCGUCUAUGGGGUGGCUGUUCCAGGAGUGGAGGGUAAGGCAGGGAUGGCGGCCAUCGCGGAUCCCCAGAGCCUGCUGGACCCCAAUGCGAUGUACCAGGAGCUGCAGAAGGUGCUGGCGCCCUAUGCCCGGCCCAUGUUCCUGCGCCUCCUGCCCCAGGUGGACACCACAGGCACCUUCAAGAUCCAGAAGACGAGGCUGCAGCAAGAGGGCUUUGACCCGCGCCAGACCUCGGACCGGCUCUUCUUCCUGGACCUGAAGCAGGGCCACUACCUGCCCUUGAAUGAAGCGGUCUACACUCGCAUCUGCUCGGGCACCUUCUCCCUCUGAAGUUCCUCCCCUGCUGGCCAGAAACUCCAGGCCUGGUGGGAGAGGCCGGCUUGAGCCAGACAGCCCUGCACAGGGGUGGUGGCCUCCUGCGCAGCCACCUGGCCGAGCUGUACCUGGUGGGGCCCGUCCUGGACUGAAACUGGGACCUCGGAUGAAGCCGUGCCUCUCUGCUGCAUUGGCACUCCUGCGUCUGUCCCCUCUUCCUGCCUUUCCUCCUCUGGCUCCUUCCAUCCCUGUCCCUGUCUGGCCUUAACUCUUCCCUCUUUUACUUUUUUUUGAGACAGUCUCGCUCUGUCGCCUGGGCUGAAGUGCAAUGGUGGGAUCUUGCGCCGCAGCCUCCUCAGUAGCUGGGAUUACACCCGCCACCACGACCAGCUCAUUUUUGUGGUGUGCCACCGCGCCCGGCUUUCCUCCUUUUCCUCUCCUCUCUCCCUCCUCUUCUCUCCUGCUAAGAGUGGAAUGUGUGUGUCGGGAGCUGGGGCUCGGACCGCCGGACCCUGGCCUCGGACUGGGGCCUCCGACCUCCCUCCUGGCUGUGCCUUACGGAGCCCCGCCCAGGCCUCCUGCAGCUGUUGGGUUCCACAUGCUGCAGCCCCACGUGACUUCCAAGCAGGCCCUCCACCCUCCCUGCUGAAUGGAGGAGCUGGGGGCCCCAGGGGCCAACUGGAAACGUCGCCCAGGCUAGGCCCAUUGCCUUUUGCACUUCCCCAUUCCUGGCGCCUUUCCCCAGCCCCACCUUCCCCUCCCGAUGCCCUGAAAGCUUCUGGAAUUGACUGUGACUGCUUGAAUGUCGCCACUGCCAGCCCUGCCUCAAUGUCCCCAUUUAGCCAUCUCCAUGGAACUCCUGCCGGAGGGCCCUGAACCCUGCACUGCAUGGCUGCCCAGCUGGCUCCUUCCUGUCCCAGGAGGAGGCCUCUUGGGUGUCCUCAUCUGCUAUGGCUACUGGAGAGUCCCACAGGAGAGGCAGCAGUGGGGUCAGGGGAGGUCUCCUGCCUGGGGUUGACCUCUCAAGCCUCAGGGGUUCUAGCCUGCUGAAUAUACCCCACCUGGGGCAUGACGCUGUCCCCACUGAUGGCUCUGACGCUGUGUUGGUGGCGAUGUCCCACAAAAUCCCACCAGGUCAGCCCAAAUGUCCCUGUGGGCCCACUAGUGGCUCAUCACGGACACCCAGUCCAGCCUUUCUGGGGCUGGCCACCCAGGCUGCCUGUGCGUCUGUCUUCCCUCCAGCAGCACCUCCUGGCCCCUGGAAUGGUGGGGCCAUGGCGAGUGACCCCAUGGCAUCUCAUGGGGACUUUCCUGGGCACUGUGGUUUUAUUUUCUAAUUGGUUUAAGAAAUAAACCUGAAGACUGUCUGCUG